GCCUCUCUUCGUCACUGGGUUAAACUUCCAGUUGCCACUCUUAUCCCUUCGUCUCUGCUAGUGCUAGGUAGAGGAGGAGGCGGCGGUUGAUGGAGGCCGCCGGCCAACGAGCGCUCCACCUGCUUCGGUGACGGAAGUCUCUCCGCCCUUUUCCUACUAUGGCUCCGUGUUCUUCCCGUUUACUCAUCGAUCGUCUUCGCUGUGACCUCAGGACUCGUCGACUCUUUCGGGUGUCGGGCCGAACGCCUCAUAAAAUAGCUUCGCUCUCCUUCCAUUCUUCAUCAUCGUUGGAGCCCUUUUCCUACCGAGUUGAAAUUGGCCAUGCCAAAUGUUGUACCAGUAGCGCUAAUGGAGCUGUUAGCGAAACUUCGCCAAACAAGUUUCUUCAAGUAGUACUUGUUUCUCCUCUGAUUCCUGGAAAUACUGGAUCCAUUGCCAGAACAUGUGCUGCUUCAGCUGUUGGACUCCAUCUUGUUGGGCCUUUGGGAUAUAAAAUAGAAGAUUCCAAACUCAAGCGUGCUGGAUUGGACUAUUGGCCACUCAGAGUGUCACUGCUGAUCUUAAUAGGUUCUAUGGACUCUGUAGUUGUUGCUUAUGUGUUGGACUACUUUACUCCAUUUUUGAUUUUGUUUGUCAAAGUGCACAACUCUUGGUCUGAAUUUCACGAUUACUUCAAACAGCAGGAUGGUGAGAAACGGCUUUUAGCAUUCACCAAGAGAGGCACUCAUAUCCACUCUGAUUUCUCCUACAAGAAAGGUGAUUGGCUAGUUUUCGGUUCGGAGACUACUGGGCUACCCCCUCAAGCUUUGAUGGAUUGCAGCACAGAAUGCCUCGGUGGCGGAACUAUCAGGAUUCCAAUGAUCGAUACAUAUGUGCGAUGCUUGAAUCUUUCGGUCAGUGUCGGGAUUGCAGUAUAUGAAGCAGCCAGACAACUGAACUAUGAGCAGCUCCAGGUGCCACUGUUGAGCGAAGAUGCAAGUGAAAGAUUGUUCAGCUCCGAAGAUAUUUUUGGUUGAUUUAAAUACAAAAUGAUCCUUGUGGAAAUUUAUACUAUUAAUUUUAAGCUAAUUGUAUUUCCUGGGAGGAAAAGAAACAUAUCUUUUUAACUUUUCAAAGGGGGCAAAAUGUCAAAUUGUGAAA